UACACUACUCGUUGUCGUCUUGUAAACCGCUAUAGAGCUUCUUCUUAGCUAUUUUCCACUUCAGGGAGUCUAGAACGGUUAUAGCUCGAAAGGGCGCUCUAGAUACGAUGGGGGAGCCAAAACCGACAGCCGAUGAUGAUGCUUGGGACAAAUCUAUACCAGAUGUGCCCGUAGGUCCUGGCGGGAAGGAUCCCAGAAUUAUACUACCCCUCAUCUUAAACUUUCUACUCGACGAAGACGUUUACAAACAUCCACAAUGGGAUCGUCGGUUUGAGGAGGUUAUCAAAUAUCUCAAUGAAGCCGAUCAGGGCCGUCGUAGAGGCGAUCUCGGCUACGAUGACUCUUACACGCGCGCCGCGUUGGAUGACGCACUGAUCAUAGUCGAAGUGCAUAAGAGGUAUCAGAAGUGGAAAUCCGGUCCAAAUCGCUGGACGUCAGAAAUCAUACCUGGCCAGCGUACUACUGGACGUCUUCCGAAUUUUCCUGGUCAAUCUCUUAUCCAGCCUGCUCCCGAGAGAAUGCGAAACAAACACAAACGCUACGAUGAAUUGCGCGAGAUUCAAACCGACGGUAUAUUCCCUGAGUUGUCUGCGAGGGGAGUUAGAGCGGUUGAGUACUAUCAGAGUGCCGAGGAGCUUUACUUCGAAAAUUGCCUUAAACCCGGUACUUACGACCCGCGUAUUUUUAACGGGUUCAGAUACGAGAAUGAGAUGUAUGAACACUGCAUUACGAGUGGGUUUGAGGAAACUUGUAGAUUGAUUCCACCUCGACCUGCCGACCAGAUUCCUACUGUGUUUGAUGAUGAUCAGCAGAACUCCAAAGAUGAGCUCACCGAGGCUGAAAGGUUGCAAAACCUGAGAGAAUUUUACAAUGCUCGAGGUUGGCAGCGGGCUGCGCUUCAGCAAUGCCUAAACAUGUUCACCAACUACGAGAAUAGAAUUCUCAAUACACCAUGGCGUCGGGUGGUUCUGCCCUACGAACAGCCUAACCCGGUCUUGAAGGAGAUAGUUUACCAGCCCCGGGCACUUCCCCCAGAGAAGGUCCAUAAGAGUCUUAAGGAGCCGUAUCCUUGGGUGUAUUGGUAUAACCAACAUCAGGAGCUGAUCCAGGUCCUAGCCGGCUGGCAGCGUCGUCGCUAUAACCUAGAAAACUGGGAGGAUUUCCAAAGAGCUGCUCUGCCCGCCAACUUCCAAGGUCCUUAUGUCAAUAGGGGCCUUUCGGUAUACAACGACCACUGGCUCAAAAUGGGCGCAUAUCUAAGACGGCUACAUAGACUUCUGGAGGACACCUUCGGCAUAGCUCCCCGGCCUUUCUUGCUGGCUAUUCUGAGGGAUAUCCAAGCUGGGAUAGAAUGGCGCCCUAACCCGACGGGAAAUGCCACAGAAUGGAAUCCCGACGAUGCAGAAACCCGUAGACAAGCCCGUCCAGAUAUUAUGAGAAGGGAAAAGAUUGAUUGGGUCGAGUUAGAUCCCUCUCUAAACUCACCUCCGACUAUCCUACUGCUUGACGAAUCCGACGCGGCCUGGUUGAGAUAUCUCUGCCAGCCCUCCCGCACCGAGACAAUGUGCGACCCCAAGCUACAACCGGAGGAUAACCUUACUAUCCUAUUCGAGCAGCGCCUCCAGGAUUUCCUCAACAACCCAGGCGCGUCUAAUAGCCCGGGGAUAGCUGGGGUAGAUAUUUUUGAACCAGAUGUAAAACAGUGGAAAGAGAGGCAAAAUAAGACUAGGCCAACCCUGGAUGAGGCACUCGCAUAUAUCAAUGGUGGUGAAGGCGCCGGGAAGUCUCAUGCAAAUGAGACCUAUCAGUUCACGCGUGGGGAAGCCAUGGACCACUUGGAAAUACUUAGUAACCUAGGUCGAGUCAAGUACAUGCAGACGAAGGACCUAAGUAAGCCCCAGGAAGAGUGGGAUACAACUAUCAUACGACCGAAAUACGAAGUACAUCCCGAGAAUCGUGUCUACUGGCGCCAUAAAGACCAAGGGUCAUUCCUCUCCAACCAGACUUUGUAUCGAAAAGCAAUAGUCGAGCAUUUGGAAAAUAAAUAUGGGCUUAGUGGCCCAAAAACUCCUAUUGCAAGGGAUGAGUUUAAACACAUCCUUGACCAUCUUGGAGACGACACGUUGCCCGACAAGCUAGCAGCAAGCACAAUUGAUCGUCCUAAAGGCGUCAACGAGGACGAGAAUUACUACGAGGAUUACCAGGAGGAUGAGGACGAUGAGUCGGUAGAUGAUGAAAUUAGUAGUCACGACUUAUUGGAGAAGCGAAUCCAACCCGAGAUUGGUUGGGUUCGGGGCUCGUAUCCCGAGGGGGGACUAGAAGAGAGACGCAACGCGCCUAGUUGGUCUGACCUAGUUCCUUGGGAGAUGAUAGGAAAGCUGUCAGCUGGGAGAAUCAGCGAUGAUAUGCGUAAGGAAAUCCGCGAGGAAGCCCAUAGACACCGUCGUCUUCCGCCCCCGGAAAGGACUGUCCAGUUCUUUCGAAACCUCGCCUAUCGGAUGGGACGUACAAUAGCGCACGUCGAGGAAAUUGAACGCAGACUCCAGUACUCAGUGUAUGAUAGUACGUCCGGAACCCAAAAAACGCACCAGUGGAAUGCAAUCUCUACGGAGGCCUUCAGACAGGCUUACGAGCAUUGGCACCUUACUAUUGAGAACGGCGUAGGUCCAAUAGAGUUCCUACCGCCGACUAUAGAGGAUGUUGUCCAGAAAGUAGACCCCGACGGGCUUAUGCGAAGCGAGUUCAAGAAUCACAAUGCGGCAGACAUUAUUCGAGAAGGCAUCAUUAAAAACUGCGUCGAGAAUCGCAACACAAUGUACCCCGGCCGUAUUGAGGCUCUCGAGGAUUCGUCAGGUUAUUACAUCAAUGACAGCAAAUUCAAGCAAAAGAAAAUACUCAGCGGUUAUAAACGGCCAAGUCUAUUCAAAUGGGCUACGGAAGCGCAGAGGCGGUAUCAAGCCCCGUAUACUCGCGGGGUCUUCUUCCACAUGUUGCGUUGGCCAGUAUACCACCAGAAUAGGCGUCUACAAGAACUCAUCAAGCAACGACGAGAUGAAGUGUUAAGAGUAGAACCAAGCCUUCCAGAUCAGACCUAUGGCAUUCUAAUGCCUAGGUUUCCCGAUAGAGUAGUAGACAGGCGAGCAGAGGGUUCCACAUGGUAUCCCUGGCCAGACAAUCGUUGGAUUUUCAGUCCGAGAACAAAGGCAACGACUUCGGAAAAUGGUACAAAGGCUCUUGGGGGGACAAAGAGCCCAGAACGGACAGAGGUCUCAGAACAGACAAAGGCCCCUGACAACACAAAGCAUUCCCCAAGUACAAAGCCCUCGGUCGAGACAUUUACCCAAGUCACCCCUCAAGAGGUCCCCCAAGUGAACCCCCAAUAUAUUCCUCACCCACCUGUUGAAGAGAUUCCUCAAGACACAACCCAAGAGAUUCCUCAAGAGACAACCCAAGAGAUCCCUCAAGAUACAACUCAAGAGAUCCCUCAAGAGACAAACCAAGAGUCAACCCAAGAGACAACCCAAGAAACCCCAGUAGCCCUACCAACCGAACAACCACAAACCACUACUCAUACCGACGACGCUGAUAACAUGGCGGUGAUAAAAACAGCACCAUUAAAAACGCCGAAAGGCAAGGGGCAUCGGCAGCAGCUGAUACCAAUCACCAAGCCGGAGGAACGCUUCAUGCCAGGUCCCGCCAUCUUUCCUAUGGCCGAGACCCUUCUACAAUCUGUCGUCCUUAGCCGUAAACUUGAAGGCGUGCUUUACCCCCAGCCUCGACUUAACUUAUGGGGGAAGAUACGCAAGGCCUACAAGGCCAUGACAGAUGUCGAAGCGCCCCUAGUCCCCUUGCUGCCGCCAACCAGAGACUCGGACAUCCCCCGCAGCAGCUCCAGGAAGCGCAAGAUCCCGGCCGACUUCAUCCUCCCCCCUAGCAAGGCUAUUAAGAAGGUGAACACGGGAGGCAACGAUGGUCAAGGCACUAAUAUCCCGACCCCGAAGCCCGUCGUAAUUCCAUCACCUCCAGUUAAGCAACGUGUUAACCCUAGGCCUAAGCCUGCACCGAGGCCCCAGCCGGUCAAGGUUACGGAUAACCCCCCGGAACCUACUCCUAAACCACCAUAUCCGCCGGCACCUCCUAUUAAGAGUUACCCCGUGGAAGAGCCCGUACCUCAGCCUCAGCCUACACCCCGGCCUCGGCCUGUACCUCAGCCUCAGCCUACACCCCGGCCCCAGCCUGUUCCUCAGCCUCAGCCCCAACCCGGCCCCUCGGUUCGGCCUGUACCCCGGCCUCAGCCGACACCCCGGCCCCAGCCUGUCCCUCAGCCCCAACCUGGACCUAAGGUUCAGCCGGUUCCUCAACCCCAGCCUGGAUUUCAAACACCGGUCAAUCCCAAAUCGCUGUUUGGCCAAACCCCGACUCCAUCCCCACGGCCGGUCGUGAAUCCGGCUCACGGUCAAGGCUUGUUCGGUCAGACCCCCCCGGCCGUCCAACCAGGCACCAAGACAUACCGCGAAUGGCUCAGCGAGAAAUCCGACAAGCCAGUGGACCCCACGCCUGACCCCCCCGCUCCCUGGAAGUACACGCCCCUCCCCGGCCUCGAGGGCCACAUGCAAGCCGAAGAGAAGACCAAGACCGGCCGCGUCGUCCAGCCGCCGCACCCACCCCAGCCCACCCUCGACACCCAGGGCGCAGAGAACGUGCACGCAGACCAACAGGCCCUAGAGCGCGCCUUCCCGCACGGCUGGGCUCCUCUCGGCCCUACCUUCGGCCUCGACGGCGCUCUGCAGGCCAUCUCCUUCAGCAUGCGUCUGCAGGACCAGGAGGCCCUCUGGCUGCCCGCGACCUCUGCCCUGCGCGCCGCGUUCGACAACCCAGACUGCUACGUCGCCACGACCAGGACCGUCGAGGACCACAACCACUACGGCGUCACCAUCCUCCAGGCCGAGGCCGCCCUGCAGCACUACGUCCGCGAAGACGGGCCCAACCCGCACCACGUCCAGCUGUGCUGCAUCAUCCGCAUGCCCCCCGGCCGCGAGUACUACACGCACCUCGUCCCCGCGCCCAAGUUCACCGGCUCCACGAAGCCGCGCCAGGUCUGGAUCUACUGCACCGGUGCUAACGAGUUCGCGCCUGUGUUCCCUGCUGCGCCGCGCCAGCAGAGUUAAAGAAAGAAAGAGAAGAAGAAGAAGAAAAAAAAAACAGGGCUCUUGAUAUGAAAUGAUUUUGGUAUCAGUGGCGUGUUGUCAGACAGAAGACGUCGUCGUGCCUUCGUUCCGGACAAGCGAGCAUACAUACGGCUCCUAAAAUUGGUUUUUCUUUUGUUGUAUUGGACUAGACAGUUAAUGCUUCCUUUUGUUUACUCGUCAGAUUGUUUUUUAUAUGUGAGGUAGGUAGGGGAAGGGCUGUCGGGAGGGGAGGACUUCUACCGUCUUGGUCUC